UGGUAAAAUCACAGAAUUGGAUACUGGAUUAUUUAUUACCACCGGAUUAUAAUCGUGAUGUAAUGCCAAUCAAUAAUGCUGAUCAAAAAUCUUUGCAAGUUAAUGUUACACUUUAUAUUAAUCUUUUUCGUGGAACUGAUAAUGAAUUGCAUAUCGAUGCGGAUCUAUAUCUUUGCCUAAAAUGGUAUGAUUAUCGAUUAUUAACGUUGCCGGAAGAAAUUAUACCACCACCAAUAAAUACAAGUGAACCAAGGAAAACAUAUGGAAAAAUUCAGAUUACCGAUUAUGAACGAUUAUGGAUACCAAAAGUUUAUUUUCGUAAUGGUGUUCAAUCCAAUGUGAUCAAUAGUCUUCGUGAUUUACAAUAUGUUAGUAUUUAUCCGGAAAAACAUCGUCUCAAAUAUUGUCAACGAUCAUCAACAUUAUUUAUGUGUCAUUUUAUUACAUCGAAUUUGCCGUUUGAUGAACAAAAUUGCUAUUUUGAAAUUGAAAGUCUUGACAUUUGGAAUGAUAAUGUUACAUUAAAUAUAACAAAAUUUCGUAUGCCCGAUGGUAAUGAACAAUUUCGUGUUCGUGAACAAGUAACCGAUUAUUGUCAACCAAAAAUACAAGAUCCAUUUAAUCCAAAUCUUGGCUAUAAUCUUACACAAAAUUCCUGUGUAUUUGCCCGUGUACAAUUAGUUCGUCAUGUUGGUUAUUAUAUAAUGCGUUAUUAUACACCAACAGCAUUAUUAGUGUUGAUGAAUUUUGUUCAAUUUUGGACACCAACCGUAUGCGCACCAGGUCGUGCUAUAUUUACCGGUGUUAUCGAAAUGACAAUGAAAAGUGUUAGUAUAACUGCAUAUGGUGAAACAUCAUCCAGGCAUGUAACAUCAUUAUUUUGGUGGCAAUGGGGUUGUCAAUUUUUUAUAUUUGUUUCGGAAAUUGAAUAUGCAAUGAUAUUUGGUUGGGCACAUUUUGUUGUUGAUAAACAUCAUGCACGGAAAAAUAAUUAUACAAGUCCGGAUGGUUAUUAUUUUGGCAAAAAUAAUUGGUAUAAAAAAUGUGGUGCAGCAAUAACAAAAUGUUUACAUUUUAUAUUCGGCCCGAUUGAUUUUUUUGCCGAUCCAGUUAAUCGUAAUAAAGUGGAUUAUUUUGCACGCGUUCUAUUUCCGGCUACAUUUUUCUUCUAUAUUUGUUUGUAUGUUGUUGCCAGUUUUCCACCGUGGGCAUGGAAAUAUCGUAUGCAUUAA